AUGGCGCCCAAGCUGCUGGCGUUCCUGACGACGCUGCUGCUGUGCGUCGUGGCCUCCACCACCUUCACCUUCGCGCAGGAUGCCCCCGCCGCCGCCCCCGUGCCCAUCAAGGCGCACGCCAGCCACAUCCUCGUGGACACGGAGGCCGAGGCCGACGCCCUGAACGCGCAGCUGGGCGAGGCCUCCAACCUCUUCCUCAAGUUCGCGCAGCUCGCCAAGGAGCACAGCAAGUGUCCGUCCAGCCGCAAGGGCGGCGACCUCGGCACCUUCGGCCGCGGCCAGAUGGUGCCGGCCUUCGACAAGGUGGCGUUCGAGGGCGAGAUCGGCGUCGUGCACAAGGUGCAGACCCAGUUCGGCUGGCACCUCGUGCUCAUCUCGCGCCGCCUGGACGGCACCGAGGAGCCGGACCAGUUCCGCGGCCUCAAGGAGACGCUCAUGAAGGUCAUGCCCUUCCUGGGGCCCAUCAUCCUCAUCGGCAUCAUGGCUCUGGGCGCCAGGGGCAGCAAGGGCGGCCCGCGCGCGCACGCGUUCCACAUCCUCGUCAAGUCGGAGGCUGAGGCCGACCAGCUGUUCAAGGAGAUCGACGCCGCCGAGGACAAGAAGGCCAAGCUCUCGGAGCUGGCGGCCAAGCACAGCACGUGUCCGUCGGGCAAGAAGGGCGGAGACCUCGGCAUGUUCGGCCGCGGCGAGAUGGUGCCCCAGUUCGACAAGGUCGUGUUCGAGGAGGAGGUGGGCAAGCUCACCAAGGUGCAGACCCAGUUCGGCUGGCACGUGCUGCUCUGCGUCGAGCGUCUCGGCGACAAGAAGUCCAAGUAA